GCCCCUCCUGUGUGACUGGCCGAGUCGUGUCACCUCCACCCUCCUCUUUCGCUUACAUUCAUCAUUUCUGACGACUUCACUUACAUCACACCUCGCACGCCUCCGCGCCUUAUAUUUGAUAGUCCUCUCCCCUAACGGUUUCCGCACUCUCUCUCUCUCUCUCUCUCUCUCUCUCUCUCUCUCUCUCUCCACAACGAGACUCCAAGCUUGUGAUCAGUCUGCGAUCGGAUAUGGGUGGGUGUUGCUCUGCUUCAGUUGGAGAUCAGGCCAGCGGCGGAAGCAGCAGAAGAAGUGGGAGCGGCAGUACUACUACUGCUGCUCAUAUCAUCACUCUGAAUGGAGAUCUCCGACCCUACCACAUUCCUAUCUCUGUUUCUCAAGUCCUACAAAUGGAGCAACAACAUCACCCUUCUUCUUCUUCUUCUUCUUCUUCUUCUUCUUCCUCCGACACCUACUUUCUUUGCAACUCCGACUGCCUGUACUUCGACGACUACAUUCCCGCCCUGGAGUCCCACUAUCAGCUCCUCCCGAACCAGAUCUACUUCCUCCUCCCCACCUCCAUGCUCAUCUACCCCUUGUCCGCCUCCGACAUGGCCGAUCUCGCCGUCAAAGCGUCCGUCGCCCUCCAAAAUACCGCCUCCUCCUCUCGCCGCCGCUCCUCUAAUAAUAAGAAGAAAGGCAGUCGCAUUUCCCCUGAUCUGUUACUCCUAAACAACAACAACACCACCAGCACUCAUCGCGAUUACGAUGCCACGGCCUCUGUUUCCGAUGCACAAUCUCUGAUGAAGCGUAAGAAGAUGGAUAAGGACAAUAAGAUCGGCAGCGGCGGGGGGCUUCAGAAUAAACCGUCGUCGAUGAUGCCGGGUGCGUCCUCCAUGAGGAAGUUGCAGAGAUAUUCAUCGAGACGAGCAAGGAUGGCGGUUCGUUCCUUCAGACUCAGAUUGACCACUAUUAACGAAGGAUCCAUCCUUCUAUUUUAGAUUUCGUCUUCAAUCUAGUUGCUCUGUUUGAUUAAUUAUCAAAGACAUAUAUAUAUUCGAAUUAUAUUACUAUAUCGAGGGGAAUCGAAAUAACAUUUGUCUUCAAA